AAGAAUGGGUCACAAAGUGCUAUAUAAAUCCAUCACUUCCUUUUAUAUUGCUGAAUCUCUGAUUGGUAGUAACAGUUUACAUUUCGCACAUAACUCUCCCUCUGUCUUCCACCAUCAUCUCUUCUGUGAUUCAGACACACAAAGCCCUAAAUUUCAAGCUUUGUCAGUCCAUCUUCUUCUUCCUCCAUACCUUAUCUCACCAGCUUCUCCAUAUCUCUCAAAGAAAAAACAAACCCUAUAAAUUCCACAAAAAAGGAGGAUGGAUAACUCCGACAUUCUAAUGAACAUGAUGAUGCAGCAGAUGGAGAAGCUUCCUGAACACUUCUCUAACUCAAACCCUAACCCUAAUCCCCAUAACAUUAUGAUGCUUUCUGAAUCCAACACCCACCCGUUCUUCUUCAACCCCACUCAUUCUCAUCUCCCAUUUGACCAAACCAUGCCUCACCACCAACCCGGUUUAAAUUUCCGGUACGCCCCCUCCCCGUCAUCAUCUCUCCCGGAGAAGAGAGGAGGCUGCAGCGACAACGCCAACAUGGCGGCGAUGAGAGAGAUGAUCUUUCGAAUAGCCGUGAUGCAGCCUAUACAUAUUGAUCCGGAAUCCGUAAAGCCACCAAAGAGAAAGAACGUGAGGAUCUCUAAGGAUCCACAGAGCGUGGCAGCUCGGCAUCGAAGGGAGAGGAUAAGCGAGCGGAUUCGGAUUCUUCAGCGGCUUGUUCCCGGUGGGACUAAGAUGGAUACGGCGUCGAUGCUCGAUGAGGCUAUCCAUUACGUUAAGUUUCUCAAGAAGCAAGUGCAGUCGCUGGAGGAACAUGCGGUGGUUAACGGCGGAGGAAUGACGGCGGUGGCCGGAGGAGCACUUGCGGGUACUGUUGGUGGAGGAUAUGGAGGAAAAGGGUGUGGCAUUAUGCGGUCUGAUCAUCACCAGAUGCUUGGAAAUGCACAGAUUCUUAGAUGAUGAUGAUGUUGAUUUUUAAAUAUAUAUCAUAUGUUUAUUAAUAUGACGGGAAAAAAUAUUAUCGAGGGAGUUGAAUUUAGUAUCAUGAAACUAUGAGAGCAUUUUUUUUAAAUGUUUUUAUCUUUCCGGGUUUCGAUAAUGUUUGGGAUGGUUAAUUAACAAUUUAAAAGUCAGACAACUUGGUUGUAAAGACUAAAGAAUAAGCAUAGUUUAUCAAUUUAUCAUUACUAAAUGAAAUAGUCUCUUGUCACUGAUCAAUGCAACAUGUUUUAGCUUUCAGACAUCUAGUUAAGGUUUUGUGAGUUGAAUAAUAGUAUUGUUUUCUGUCUUGUUUCCAAUGUAAGCGUCAAAAGUUUAUAAUUUAUGGCAUUUCGUACCUGUGGUACGUUCUUGAUGCAUAGGUGUAUGAUUUUGUGAGCCAACUUUAUAGAUAACAGGAAGUUUUGGAGACAAAUCGAUAACACGAAC